AUGAGGGAACACCCCCGAUCUCCAGAAUGUACAAGCUUCGGUCAGGACCUGAAGUCCGCACCACCUCAGAUGCGUGGCAUGCUGCCUUUAAGAGGAUCCGGAGGAUACGAAGGGAAUGAUGUACUACGACCUGCUCCCGCAAGGACACACGGUCACCCCUAUCACCACUCCAGUAACUCGCGGAAGCUUUCCAAGAAAAACGGCCGUAACGAGCUUCGAGACUCUUCCGUUUAUUACAACGGAGCUCCGCCAUUAAUUUUCAUUCGAAUGAAAAGCGCUCCUCACGGCGAUAACAGCCAAUCAGUUCGUACACGAAUGCGCCGUUUGGCGGUGAAGUCGAAAUCGAAUCUACUUCUUCACGCCGCAUAUUUGUCAACAUGUUUGGAAGAUCGUGCAUGGUCAUUUUGCAUUUCGUUGUGUAUGCAAGGACUCGGCGGGAUGAGAAUGGUGUCGAUUGAACAAUUCGCGGAAAGCAUCGGUCAGAUGAUUCUUAGCGGUCAUUUGGGACGUACGUUCGAUCGAGUUAGCAGGAAAAAUGCGAUCAUGUCCGUUGUCCCCGUGAACAACAUCAGUAUUGUUCUAGCUGCUUCUAUGUUUAUCGUCUGUUUGUCACUACAACCUCAAUCCGCUUGGUUUGAUGUAUUCCUUGGAUUUGGCAUACUUAUGUGUGCUAUUAAUCGAUUAUUUCUCAAUGCAGAGAAAUUCCUCGUUUCCAGAGAUUGGGUGGUUGUGCUCAGCAGCGGAAAGACACUUUCAAGUUUAAAUGCCACACUUACUGCGUUGGAUCAAUUUGCGAAUGUUAUAUCGCCAAUCAUAACUGGGCUGCUUGUGACUACAUGUGGCUUACGAGUGACAUGUGCGAUAUUUGGUGGAUUCAGUAUCGUUUCAAUGACAUCGAAGGCUUUCUUCUUACGUGCACUGUAUCUCCGAGAACCACAGCUAGCCGUCAAAGACACCGCGGCUCUGGAGGAAAACACAGAGAAAAAAGCAACGACCGCUAUGGGAAAGAUUGCGCGAGCAUUUGAAAGUAUUCCCGAAGUGUUACUGACUUAUACUCGUCAAUCUGUGGUAGCAGCUGCUUUCGGAAUGGCACUUCUGUUUAUGACAGUGAUGGGAUUCGACGGUCUGGCUGUUGGAUAUGGGCAAUCUUCUGGGCUUUCGGAUGUUGUUCUAGGCGCGUUCAGAUCGUACGGAUCAGCUAUGGGCAUCCUGGGAGCCUUAUCGUAUGCAUUUUUCGAACGCAGACUUGGUGUACGGAAAACCGGAUUGCUGGGGCUGACGUGUCAACAACUAUGUCUGAUUGCUGCAGUUAUUUCGAUAUGGUUGCCCGGCUCACCAUUUGAUCCUAAAGGUUUCUUUAACGGUGCCACUAUAAAGGAUUGGUGGUCACGUGGAGCACCUUCGUCCUCGUUACCAAACGUGCAUACAACAGAGUAUGGGAAAAGAGAGCAAAGCCUGGACAGUAUCCUCACUUUCCUGAUCGGAAUCGCUACCGCAAGAUACGGAUUAUGGAUGGCGGAUCUUUCUAUCAUUCACAUCAUGCAAGAAGGAGUUCCCGAAUCUGAUAGAAAUACAGUAUUCGGAGUGCAUAACGCGCUGUGCCAAACAUUUUCUCUCCUUAAAGACAUCCUAGUGAUUAUAUUGCCAGAUCCAGCAACAUUUGGAAUAUGUAUUCUCAUUUCCUAUGGAUUUGUUACGACAGGAUAUUUUUCCUUCGUCUACUAUCUCAUAAGACAUCCCGCGAUUAAGAAGCAAAGCGAGACGACGGAAGAAAAUGAAGAAGAGCAAAAAACGCGAUUAUGA